CAUUUUAUUAAUUUCAUUUCCUUCUCCCCUGCCUGUACAACUUUCUCUCUCUCUCUCUCUCUCUGUUUUAAUUUCUGGGUUUGCUUCUGGAGGAUUGGGGAUUGAGGAUUUCCAUUAAACCUCAAACAAUGGCUCUACUUCUUUUGUUUGUUUUGCUCAUCUCUCUUGUCGCCGCUGAUGAUGAUGCAUUUAUCGGUGUGAAUAUUGGAACAGACCUAUCUGACAUGCCACACCCAACUCAAGUUGUAGCCCUCCUCAAGGCCCAGCAAAUUCGACAUGUCCGCCUAUUCAAUGCUGAGCCUGCUAUGCUUAUUGCAUUGGCCAAUACGGGCAUAAGAGUCACUGUCGCCAUCCCCAAUGAGCAGGUCCUUGGUGUAGGUCAAUCAAAUUCCACAGCAGCUAAUUGGGUAUCUCGCAAUAUUGUAGCUCAUUACCCUGCCACCAACAUAACCACCAUUGCGGUUGGUUCCGAGGUUCUAACCACCUUACCAAAUGCAGCACCUGUUCUUGUCAAUGCCCUCAAGUUCAUUCACUCAGCCUUGCUGGCAUCCAAUCUUGAUCGCCAGAUCAAGGUUUCAACACCCCUUUCUUCCUCUAUCAUCCUUGAUUCAUUUCCACCUUCCCAAGCCUUCUUCAACCGAUCAUGGAAUCCAGUUAUGGUCCCCAUGCUAAAUUUCUUACAGUCAACAGGCUCAUUUCUCAUGCUCAAUAUAUACCCAUAUUAUGACUACAUGCAAUCAAAUGGUGUUAUUCCAUUAGAUUAUGCACUCUUCAAGCCUCUUCCUCCUAACAAGGAAGCUGUUGAUGCUAACACAGUCCUCCAUUAUUCCAAUGUCUUUGAUGCUAUGGUUGAUGCAGCUUAUUUUGCCAUGGCAUAUCUAAAUUUCACUAGCAUUCCUGUUAUGGUGACCGAAUCAGGUUGGCCAUCAAAAGGUGGUUCCAAUGAGCCAGAUGCCACCGUUGACAAUGCAAACACUUAUAACAGCAAUUUGAUAAGACACAUUCUGAACAAAACCGGAACGCCCAAACACCCCGGAAUUGCUGUUAGUACAUAUAUUUAUGAACUCUAUAAUGAGGAUAUGAAAUCUGGGCCCAUAUCAGAAAAGAAUUGGGGACUAUUUGAUGCAAAUGGAACACCCAUUUACAUAUUACACUUGACAGGAUCAGGAUUAGUACUAGCAAAUGAUACUAUGAACCAGACUUACUGUACUGCAAAGGAUGGUGCUGAUGAGAAGAUGCUGCAGGCUGCUCUGGAUUGGGCUUGUGGACCUGGCAAGGUGGAUUGUUCUCCUUUGCUGCAAGGGAAAGACUGCUACGAACCAGACGAUGUGGCUGCACAUGCAACAUACGCAUUUGACACAUAUUAUCAUAAGAUGGGGAAGGCUCCUGGGACCUGUGACUUCAAUGGGGUUGCUGCAAUCACUACCACAGAUCCAAGUCAUGGUUCGUGUAGAUUUCUAGGAAGUGGUGGCAGGAAUGGCAGCUUUGUAAAUGGGACAGCUCCAUCUAUGAAUUCCACAAGUACGAGCUCUGCUGCCUGCUAUGCUUUCACUAGCUCGAUAAGCUCGAUAAUGAUUAUCAAAGUCCUAAUUUGGAGUGCAGUUUUUUUAUAGAUGAGUUUGUCUUAGAACUUGAAAAUUUUCGGACUCAUGCUGGUGGUUGUAAAAGUUUUCUCUACCAAGAAUUUGUUUUGUUGUUCCAAGAGAGAUAGGGUAGGUUUGGAAUAGCCUAAUUAAUAUAAGCACAUAGUUUGAGGGAAGUCAGCCAAUGAAUUUUUGUAGAAAAACAAUAUCGAGGCCCUGUAAUUGGUUGUUCAACUAAAUUUUUAUUCUCUUUUCAAUGGGAUUAUUGAUUGCUUAGAAA